AUUUAAAUUUUAAUUAUGUUUAAAAGUUGUUGUGCUCGUCCGAGUAAGAAAAUCAGUAAAAGUAAAUCCAAAUCAGAGAAAAUGGAUACAGAGAUGUCAGAAUCUAAUAACAUGCAAAUAAAAGAUAAUAAGGAGGAUAGUCAAGAUAAUUUAAUACAGGAAAAAUGUGAAUGUGAAAUUUCAUAUAAUGAAUCCAAAUCCCAAGUUUCCUCGAAAACUGAAAAUAUGGAAAGCGACAAAAUUAUAGAUGCCGAAUGCACUGAAAAUAUGGAACAAGGCCCACAGGAUGGUGAUAAUUAUAAUGAUUCAGCGAGUAAUGCUGGCGAAGUAGAUACUUUAGAUCAGAUGGUUGUUAAGAGAGAUUUCACGAAAAAGAGGUUUUCUGUAGAUUACAAAAGGAAUAGAUUAGAUUUCAAGCGGUUUUCCGUUGACUGUCGUCAAGAUUCAGCCACAUUGGAGGAAUUGGCACGUCUUGAACAGGAAUUAGCACGAUCUAAUGUUGACGUGCGACCGUUUGUUAGGCGGAAAUCUUCAGGUAUUCUGAAGUCUACUGCUAGUAAUAGUAAUGGCAUAGCUGAAGAGCAGUCAAGUAAACUCCACUCGUGCUCAGAUGAUGAUGAAGUAUUUGAAGAAGCUACAGUGAAAGCGGAGGGUCCAGCAGAACCUCCAGCUACACCAGUGGGGCGUGACGAGUUAGCUUUACGUAGGCACCGCUUUUUCUCCGAACUUGUUUGCGCCGCGCGCGCAGCUGUCGAACAUCGUGUUCGCUUUGAUCCUCUCGGACCAAUUGUCGCUGAUACAGCCACUGAAGCGGAGCCUGCUGCAGCGAACCAAAAUCCGGCAGCUGAUCUCGAAGCUCUCAUCGAGCGGCUGGAGCGCGUGACAUCUCGGUUGGAGCAGCUCGUGGUCCGCGCGCGGAGUCCCACACCCCCGCGCUCGCCCGCACCCUCGCCGGCGUCGCUGCCCGCAUCGCCAGCACCACCACCGCAAACUCAAUUGGAACAGACCCCAUCAUCUGAUAAUAUGAGCGUCAACGGGUACCAAGAUAUCGUGCAGGGUCCCCUGCGUGCAUAUAUCGAACUCUCCCAGCAAAUUGGGGGAGAUGUUGCCACGCACGCCAAUCUCGUCAAUGCUGCUUUCCAGGCACAGCUCCGCUACAUUCAGCAAGCGGCUGCCCGCAGCAAGCCAUCCCAAUCAGAAGAGAUGCAACUCUUAGCACCUACAAGCGAACAGAUCUCUGCCAUUCAGCAGUUCCGUGAGAAGAACCGCGCUUCACCAUUCUUUAACCAUCUGUCCGCUAUUUCGGAGAGUAUACCUGCCCUCGGAUGGGUGGCUGUGGCUCCAACGCCAGCUCCUUAUGUGAAAGAGAUGAACGAUGCUGGCCAGUUCUACACGAACCGUGUGCUGAAGGAAUGGAAAGAGAAGGAUAAGACGCAUGCAGAGUGGUGCCGCGCUUGGGUGCAGUUGCUGUCUGAACUUCAGGCGUAUGUGAAGCAAUAUCACACCACCGGCCUCGUGUGGUCUGGCAAGGGGGCAGGGGCCCCUCCGCCACCACCCCCUGGAGGUAUGCCACCACCGCCGCCUGUGCUGCCAGAUGUUGACUUCUCCAAUCUUGCUAUCGAUGAUAGGAGCGCUCUCUUCGCAGAGAUCAACCAGGGCGAGGGCAUCACCAGCAGCCUGCGUAAAGUGACGGCGGAUAUGCAGACACAUAAGAACCCUCAACUGCGCCAAGGCCCGGCGCCGUUCAAGCCGGCGGCCGCCAGCCGACCCGCCGUGCCCGCCAAGUCACUGCCGCAGCCCGGCGCCGGCUCCUUCCCGGAUAAGCCUCCCGUAUUCACGCGCGAUGGCAAGAAGUGGCUCAUUGAGUACCAAAAGGGCAACUCCAACUUGGUGGUCGAGAACGCAGACAUGAACAACGUGGUGUACAUGUUCCGGUGCCGCGACUCGGCGCUCACCGUCCGCGGCAAGAUCAACGGCGUGGUGCUUGACUCGUGCACCAAGUGCGCGGUCGUAUUUGACAACCUGGUCGCCAGCAUCGAGUUCGUCAACUGCCAGUCUGUGCAGAUGCAGGUGUUGGGUAAGGUGCCAACUAUAUCCAUCGAUAAGACCGACGGGUGCCAAAUCUACUUGUCACCAGAGUCGCUUGACGUCGAAAUCGUCAGCUCCAAAUCUUCGGAGAUGAACGUGCUCGUACCCAAGGGCAAUGGCGACUAUGCGGAGCACCCAAUUCCGGAGCAGUUUAAGACACUGUUGAAUAAACCUCGGAACGGGCUCACCACCACUCCCGUCGAGAACAAGGGCUAAACGGAUAACAUAUUUGGACGCCGUAACGAAGCCCGAGAACAAAUAUUCUAGUUUCAAUAAAUACUUCUUUCCGUUUGCAGAAUAUAGACCAAAAUGUGUAAGGCAAUAAAUUAGCGAAUCGCCCUUUGGGGCACAUGAAUAUUUGAUAUAUUAACCCAUUGAAGUUACAAAGCACUCAUUCGAGACGAGUCAAGGCUUUCUAAUUUAAUAAUAAUAUUUUGCACGGUCUAGUUCAAUAUUAGUUCACUUGUUGCCGCUUGUCUCGAUGUUAGAGCACAAAUUAUUCUUCUGUACGAACAUGUUCUCUGGCUCAUCGCACGCGUAUGUUCAAUGUUAAUAUUAAAUCGUCAUCUAAAGGCGUUAUCUUAAUUUCUUGCUCAUUUCGCUCGAUGGUAGUAUUUAAAGAUUUGAUGCUAAUAUGACGUAGAGAUUAUAACUCGUGUAUUUACUGGCCUUUAUGUGUAAUGUAAAGAUGUUCCUUACUUUAGUAUUUUGAGAUUUUAAUUUUGACAUAAUGCAGAAAGUAUUGAUAGCUUGGAGUACCAUCCGGUACGGGAUUAGUUAAGUUAGAUGUAAGGCGUGUGACUGUCUCGAUUUUAAAUAAUGGAAGUUAGUAAUCUGUACUAUCGCUAUCUUGUGACUAAGUGAUUCUAAAACCCCGGUUUUGAUCGUUUUUCUAACGCUGCUCUCCAAAUUAUAUUAAUUAACAUUUAGUUGUUUACUCAUUUCUCCGUGUAUUUUAUUAUUAUUUUAGACUUAUUAAUUUAUGAUCAUUGUCAUUUAAUAUUCAAUUAAGUAUUAUAAGAUAUGAAUCAAUAUAAUUUUUGUAUUCCAAUAAUAAUUGUGUCGUCCCAUGAUAUACUUCUAUUUAUUUAUAAUUCUAUUCUUAUUUGGAAAAAUAUAAUAUUGUAUUACCUACAAGUUUGCAUUUUGUUAAUUUAUUUGUCGAAUGAUUAAAUUAAUUUUUAAAUC